AUGUUAUGAAGUCAGAUUUUUAAUUACAGCUUGUACCUUCAGUAGAUAUCCCAGCAGGAUAUUCACUGACAGACAGUAAGAAUGAAUGAGUCUAUUUGUUGAGGCCACUGGCCAUCAGCCAGUUGUACUGGGAUAAAGAAAAACACCCAACCAGAAUCAACAAGACAAUCAGAGCAGCUGACAGCUGAGUACCGCCCCAAGGGAGGGAAAUGGGUGAAAAGCACUCUCUCUGCGCCACUGUCACAAAAGACUGUGGGACGACUUCUACCCAGGCUGACACACCGACUCCGAACAGCAAUGAGGAAAACCUCCAGGAGCCAGAGGAGGACAACCGUGCUGACAGCGAAGCCUGUGAUGGAGAGUUAGAGUCUGGUCAGGAGACUCUGACAGGCACUGACACACAGGACAAUGCUGACUGCCUCCCAUCAUCCCCCCUGCCAACAGAGGAAGAGGUGACCCCCCCUUCGGUGUCAUCUCAUCCCUCCAACAAACAGAAUCGUCCCUCAGAGCCCUGCUGGUAUUGCCUGAGGUCUCUUGACUCAGAGUACCGUCCUGAAACUCCUAAACAGGAAGACUCAGAUCCUUCUUCACCACUGCCCCCUAGUGGCAAAAAAGUGAGCUACCAGACAGACCCUCGGCCUCACUUUGGUGUAGCUUGGUCCUCCCACUCCACAUGUCGCCCCCUGUGGGGCAGCGAGGGACCCUGCUGGGGGCAAAGAAACCAGGAAGUGCCCAAUCAGAUGCACACCUGCCCUCACUGCCAUCUGGGCUUGCCCCCUGACACACUGCGGUGGCAUGAGGCUAAGUGUCUGCUGUUUGAAGGACUGAGGAACUCAGACAAAUAAAUGGAGUCAUCAUCUGAGAAAAUGUUGCAUGUACUUAAAGGAAAAAGAAAAAAAAUCCUUUCUUUGUAUUAAUGCUCUCAGGAUAUACUUGACACCUAAAAGUUAUGUGCAAUAUCUGUUUCUGCUGGUAAACAACUGUCUGUUUAUACCUAGGCUUAGCCAUGUUCAUUCCUUAUUUCAUGUGUUCAUGUGCACUUUCUGAUAUUUUUAAUGUUGUGUUCAUACAAAUAAACUGCAUGUGCAAAAAAUCAGUCACAGUAAAACAGCUUAAUAUUAAAAAAGCCCUCAAGAGCCCACAUACAAUUAUCAGUGAUUCCACACAUUUCUCUUCAUGACUUUUUAUACUGCGUUUUAGGUUUGGUUGUACCUGAAACAAAUAGAAGGACAGGGCUGCUAAGGAGCAUUGAGUCUUUUCAAGACUGUGUUUGUAAUAUCUGCUUUUCUGUGAGCUGCUGUUUACAGCUCAGUAUGUACAGUUGUUAUUUAAUUUUGUAGCUACCUGUAUACACCUGUGCAAAAUGAAUUUUUAAAAAAGUAAAAUAAACAAAUUAAUUAAAAAAGCAGCCCUCUUCUGGAAGGAAGUAC